GUCAUAAAAUCCCUUAAAAAAAAUUAAAGCAACACUGGCAACAUUCUUUCACUUUGUUUUGACAACUUGAUUGUUCAAAAUGUCGGCCCAUAAGACGUUUAUUAUUAAGCGCAAAUUGGCCAAAAAGCUGAAACAAAACAGACCCAUUCCUCAGUGGGUAAGGAUGCGCACAGGAAACACUAUUCGAUAUAACGCUAAGAGGCGUCACUGGAGAAGGACAAAGCUCAAGUUGUAAGCUUGUGAAUGUGUUAAAUGUAAUGUAAUAAAAACCCUGUAAAGUCAAA